AUGGUAUCCGAAAAAAACAUUGGAGUUUUCACCAACCCUAAGCACGAUCUUUAUGUAUCUGAAAUUGAGACACCUGGUGUUGAGGAUCUUUUAGACGAGGAAGUAUUGAUCCACGUUAGAAGCACUGGAAUCUGCGGUUCUGAUAUUCAUUUUCAGAAGCAUGGUUGUAUAGGACCAACCAUGGUCGUUGAGAGCGAACACAUUUUGGGACAUGAAUCGGCAGGGGAGGUUUUAGCUAUUGGUAAAAAGGUCACAGAUUUGAAGGUAGGGGACAAGGUAGCCCUUGAACCAGGAGUUCCGUGCCAUACUUGCAACCCUUGUUUGACAGGUAAAUAUAAUGGAUGCGAGAAUGUGGAAUUUUGCUCGACACCUCCUGUCCAUGGUUUUUUAAGAAGAUACAUCAAACAUCCUGCUGCAUUUUGCCAUAAAAUCAACUCACUUGGUUAUCUGCAAGGUGCUCUUUUGGAGCCUCUUUCAGUUGUGUUUUGUGGAAUUAGACAUAUCAAUCUUAGACUAGGUCAAUCAGUUCUCAUUUGUGGAGCUGGCCCUAUUGGUUUCGCAACCGCAAAGGCAGCAGAAGCAGCAGGAGCUUAUCCUAUUAUGGUAACUGAUAUUGAACCAUCGAAGCUUGAUUUUAUCAAAAAGGAAAUUCCAAGUGCUAGCACUGCGCUUGUUAAUGGCUCUUUAGAAGAAAAUGUGCAAAAGGUAACAGGAAAUGGUACAAAUUCAUUUGAUGUAGCAAUUGAAUGUACCGGAGUCGAAUCUUCUCUUGAACUUGCCACACAUGCUCUUGAUUUUGGUGCAAAAUUGCAUAUUAUUGGUGUCGGAAAAAACCACCAAACAUUUCCAUUUAUGCUCUUAUCUGUGAAGGAAAUUAAUAUUACCUUCCAAUACAGAUAUGCUAAUACAUGGCCCACUGUUAUUAAAUUGGUAGAAGCAGGGAUCAUCAAAUUAGAUAACUUAGUUACUCAUAGGUUUAAACUCGAAGAUGCAGCUGAAGCUUUCAAAAUUGCAGGAAAUCCAAAAUCUGGAGCAAUGAAAGUUCUUAUUGAAGAUUUAGAAUAA